GGCAUGUCGAUGUCUCACAUACAAAAAGGUACAUCACCCAUGUACUCAACGACUGCUUUUCAGUUUCAGCCAAUAUCAAAACAGAGUACAGUGUCCCUGUAUGAAGACGAUGAAGAGUCAGAGAGAAAGCCUCUAACUUCAUCCUCCCAGGGGCUGCAAACUACACAUCAUGCAACAGCUAUGGGCACCAGAUAUAAAGCACCAUUCUCUGCUGUGACGUCAUCACUACGUCCCUCUGAUCCGCGGAUACUGAGCAAGGGUAAUGAGGUGGACGAGUUUGGUUUUGUUGCACUUCCUAAAGAAACUUCAUAUCAUGCUAACAGCAGACAAUCACACCAAGUGUUGGUGGACAACCCAGCUGCGCACCUCCACUGGACCGCUCACUUAGAGUUCACUCAGAACAAAUCUGUUGAUGAACUCACCUGGGAUAAGAUCAGUCCUCUCAUCCCUAAAUCUGACAAGGUUCACUGUUUGAUAAAACAAGGAAUUCCACACAUUAUGAGAUGUAAGCUGUGGGCCCGAAUAUCCGGCUCAAUGUCCAAGUCUAUCAAAUCAAACCUGUCCUACAAGGAUAUUCUUCACAACUGCUGGGAUGAAGACACAGUUACAACUCGUAUGAUUGAACGAGAUCUUGUCAGAACCAGUACGAACAACGUUUUCUUCCAAACAAUAAACGCCAGCGGGGUCAACAGACUCAGGAACGUGCUGAGGGCUAUCUCGUGGUUAUUUCCUGAUAUUGGGUACUGUCAAGGAAUGGGUAUGGUUGUGUCGACCCUCCUUCUAAUUCUGGAAGAGGGUGAAGUGUUCUGGCUUCUCAGCUGCAUCAUUGAGGACCAUCUUCCUUCACAUUAUUACAACACUAACCUCUUCGGAAUCCAGGUGGAUCAGGCAGUGCUGGUAGAGCUAGUUAAACAGUACCUCCCUGACCUCCACGAUCACUUUGAGGCUCACAACGUGGAAAUAAACCUCAUUACCCUCAACUGGUUUCUAACUCUCUACAGCGCUGUCUUAGCGCCCAGGAUAACCCUACGUGUCUGGGAUUGUUUUUUGUAUGAAGGAUCGAUCCUUCUCUUUCGCAUAGCACUGGGUGUCUUGUCCAUCAACAAAGACUUAGUCCUGUCCCAGGAAUCUAGCGAAGGAAUUUUUACCGAGUUAUCAAACGCCCCCUCACACAUUGAAGACGUAGAACAGUUGAUAGUACAUUCCUAUGAGAUAACUGAGACUUUAACUGACAAUGUGCUCCAGGAAAUGAGAACGGAGGCAGCUGCUAAGCUAAGCUCAGCAGUGAACGCCCUUGGUACCCCUUAUAACCCGCGACCCAGCGAACAAGCUCGCAGACUAGGCGAGGCUAAGGCGUCUUGGUUCUCGCAAUGGUUUGGGUAUGGUGGAAGCGUGAGUGACAAAGCCAAGAACAUCGCUCAAACAGAAAUGCUUGAAGAUCUCCGGAAGAACAUUGCAGCUAUUGUCAAGCACUUUGGUGGGGACACCCGGCUGGAUGUCAGUCCUGAUUACUCAUUCGAGUCUCAUCAGCGAGACAUUGAGAACUUCAAGGAGUUUAGCCGGAACAGGCCCCUCAGAGCUCGUGCUCUCAUGGAUUUCGAGAGGCAUGACGACGACGAGUUGGGUUUCUGUAAGAACGACAUCAUAACGGUCCUGAACCAGAAGGACGAGCACUGCUGGUUCGGCGAGGUAGGGGGUGUGCGCGGCUUCUUUCCCGCCAAGUUCGUGCUCCUGUUGGACGAGAGGAGCAAGUUAUACGCUAUAGAAGGGGAUGAUCGGGUUAGCAACGAGAUCACCACGCUAGUGAGGGGGAACUUGUGCACAGCUCUGAGGAAGAUAUUCGAGCACGGUUUGAGGAGGCCCUCAGUGUUGGGUACUGCUCUCCAUCCUUGGCACUUUGUCGAAGACUCUAUAGACCACGAGAUAAAGGAGCAGUUUACUCAGAUCCUGGGCAGAUUGGUUCUGUGUAAAACAUUUCGACUGGAUGAGGAAAAAAAGUUGCUGCAGCCUAACGAGAUGCUGUUCCGGGCCAUGCACCUGAUAAACGCCAGCCAUGACCCCCUGAACAUUAGUGCGGACGUAAAGCUGCGCUCCCUGAUCUGUGCGGGCCUGAACGAGCAGUGUCUGCACAUGUGGUUUGCCACGUUUUGUCAGUGUACGGAGGUGACCGAGCGCUGGUACGCUCCCUGGUCCUUCAUACGGUCCCCUGCUUGGUUCCAGAUAAAGUGCGAGCUCAGACUGCUCUCCAAGUACGCCUUCAACCUGAGUUUGGAUUACGAGGUUAAUCCCAGCUCACACACGGAGCCAGUCAAACAGGAUGUCCAGGACAUGCUCAUAAAACACCAUCUCUUCAGUUGGAUGUCAUGAUCUCACUGUUUAGCAUCAUCUCUUCAGCUGGAUGUUUUACCAUCGACUGGCCCGCCGUUUGCAACAAAGUUGGUCGUGGACAUUGGACCUGUUAUUAAAGACAUCAAUCCUUUCGUACUACUGUUAAACUGUGUUGAUUUCUCGAACACGUAUGUACUACAAUAAUAUCCAAUCGGCAAAUAAAGAUAAAUUUAUCUAUCACCUUGUAAAAUUUUGAUGAGAAUGGUUGUAAAAUCUCUGGAAUUGGAUAAUUUGGACGAUAAAAGAUUGAGUGAUCAUAAAAUGCUGGUUCUAUAAAAAAUGUCUGUCUGUUUAUUUUUGCAGUAUUCGUCCGGGAUCGGACUUUUGACUGCAAUUUGAAAUUUCAUUCCAAUAUGGGUUCGUUCACAUAAUAUAACGUUGACCAGAUUUUGGCCAUAUCACUUUUUUCACAUAGAAACAAAUAUUCUUACCAAUUAGUUAGCUUACAGUUAAGUAAUUUAUGAACGUUCCCUAUGAAAUCUGGUGCGAUUGUACACGGAAUUUAGCUACUCACCGUUUUUAAUCGAAUGUAGCAUAAUUCAUUACAUUUUGUAAAAUAUUUGAUAGUUUAUGAAUAAUUUUAUUGAUUUUCAGCUUUCGCUCUUUUGAGUGGGUUGAUCUUAAUGAGAUGAGGUUCUAAGGUACAGACUUUCCAGUGAAAUAAACUGAGUUGAAGAUUUCGUCUUCAUUGACAAAAAUUAGAAUCAUUUUACAAAUACUGGUGCCAACAUUCAAGUUGAUUACUGAAUAAUGAGUAGCUGAUUAGUGAAUAAUGACUUAAGUAAAAAUGAAUUACCAGCCUAUACUAAUAUAAUGAGAAAUGAACUGUCCCGUUAAAUUUUGUUUUACAAUUUGCGUUUAGUGUGUACAUUAUUUGUAUUUAAAUGUAUUAUUAUUGUUAACAUUACUUCAUAAUUGUAACAGAGGUUUAAACCAAUUGAUCGAGCAAUUAAGCGAUAUUUGAUUUGAUCUGCAAAGGAAUUAUUAAAUACAACUGUUAAUUGGAGAUAUUGAUUGAUGAAUUUGUUAUAUUAGAAGUCGUAUUAGAAUUUUGGGUACGUAACUUAAUCGUUAAAAGGGACAAUAUAACUAAUCUUAUGGUUAUUAUAUAAACUAAAACUGCAUAGACCAAGUUCCGUCAAUACCAAAGUAAUCAGGCCGGCCCUGUUACCAAACUUAAUUAACUAGCAGAGUUAAAAAGUAACAAUCAAGUAAAAGUAGAUACCCAUUUAUAAAUACAUGUUUAAUGUUUUACAGCACGUAGUUAUGUAUAUUAAUAUUAUUAUGAUAUUAAUCUGGUUGUUUAGUCACUAAUAUGAUUUGUAGGAUUUGGCCGUUGUGUAAAAUCUUUUAGCGCAACUAAGGGGAAUAUCAAUGCGGGAUUCCGAUUAUAUGUUGUAUCUUUGUUUUCAAACUUAACUUAUUUAUUGAAUGAACACGAAAAUGACCCGUGAAAAUUAUUUGACUUGUAAAAUGUGACAUGAUAAUUAUUUGACUUGUAAAAUGCAACUGUAAAAAGUUCAUCGUUUGAUUUUGACUGAGUUUCAAAUUAUUUGACUUGUAAAAUGCAACUGUAAAAAGUUCAUGAUUUGAUUUUUUGACUGAAAGUUUGAAAUUCCCAUUCUUACCGCUAUAACAUUGUUGAUUGUUAAUUGUAAUAAUUUUCGGGUGCUGA